AUGGCCGAGCCGGAGGCCGCGGCGGACGACCUGGACGCCUUCAUCGACGACCUGGACUACCUCCCGGGCCACUUCCACUUGGAGAUGCAGCUGAACUUCGAGCCCCGCUCGCCCGCCUCGCUGCGCGCCCGGGACCUGAAGCUGCAGGGGGAGGGCCUGCGGCAGGAGCUCGAGCUGGCGGGCGCCCCGCAGCGCCCCGCCGUGCGUCACCUCCUGGGCGCCUUCGCCUUCUACCUGGAGGAGCUGGACGAGGCCAGCGAGAGCUUCCUCGAGGUGGCCCGCGAGGACCCGGGCAACCUCAACGCCUGGGCCAAUCUGGCGCACGUGUACGGAAGGCUGGGCCAGGAGGAGGAGGAGGAGGCAUGCGCCGCGCGGCUGGCCGGCCUCAUGGGCCUGGCGGCGGACCCCGAGGCCGCCGGGGACCCCCAGCUCCGCGCGGCUCGCUGCCUGGCGGAGCAGGGCUAUGCGCACGGCUUCGACGUUGGCUGCGCCAGCCCGGAGGAGCGCGCGCGGGUGCUGGAGGCGGGCAUCGCACUCUACGACAAGGCGCUGGGCUACGGGCAGCAGAUCCCAAUGGAGGAGAAAAGGGGCUGGUACUUCACCAUGGCAACACUCUUCAUCAGGCUGGAUGGCAUCUUCCUGGAGCUGGGCAGUGAGGAGCAGAAGAGGCUACCCACCUUCAACCGCACACUGGCCCUGCUCCGGCAAGUCCUCAAGUCCUCUGACCCCCACCACCGAGCUCUGGCCUGGUGCUACCUUGGGAUGCUGCUGGAGAGGAAGGACACCUUCUCUACCACCCCCAUGGGCAUCCACGACUGCGGAUACUCGGGGACCGAUCCUCUGGACUGCUUCGGCAAGGCCAUUGAGAUUGCCAAGGACCAACCUGCCAUCCUGAAUCGCCUGGCCAAAAUCUUCUACUUCUUAGGAAAGCAGGACAUGGCCAUUGGAACCUGUAACAUGGCCCUGGAUGUCCUACGAGAUCCGGAGCUCAACUGGCAGGCUUACUGCACAAGGGCCAAGAUCCACAUCAGAGCCUACCUGCACAACCUGGAGCGGGCCAAGAUGGGGCUUGGGGGCAUGCCUGACAGGAACCACCUGGUCUAUGCCAAGGCUGACCUCGAGGAAGUGGUCAAGGUGUGCCCAGGCCUCAAGACCUACCUGGAUAUUGGGCAGGUCUACUACUACAUGGGCGUGGACGCGGUGCAGGAGCUGCUGGCGGUGGACGAGGCGGCGCUGAACCAGGCGCUGGUCUUCCUGGCCAAGGCCGGCGAGUCGGAGCUGGGCGCCACGCUGCCCGAGCUGCAGCUGCUGCGCGGCAAGUGCCUGCGCAUCAAGGGUGAGGAGGCCAACGCGGCGGCCUGCUUCAAGCGCGCCGUGGAGCUCGACGACGCGGGCUCCAGCCACACCGAGGGCUUCGGCUGCCUGCUCGAGGCGCUGCUGGCGCAGUGGAGCCAGGCGCAGCUGAGCGAUAGCGAGCUGGGCCGCGAGGUGGACGCCUGGCUGCGCCGCGCCCAGGACAAGUACCCGGCAGCGCGCCUGCGCCAGGAGCUGCAGCGCGUGUGGCGCGGCCACACGGACGAGGUGCUGGGGCUGGCUCGGGCCUUGGUGGCCCAGGGACGGCCGGCGCUGGUGCGGCUGCUCUUCGAGACCAUGGAACGCGAGGGUGAGGGUGCCGGCGCGCCGCACGGCCGCCGAACAUUCUCCCUCUGA